GCACGAUCUCAAGUACUGUACUUGGCGGCUCUUCAAUAAUCACUCAAAGGAGGCGCGAAACAUUAAAAUUGACCUACUUUGUUAUGAAACCGCACAUUGACUUGCACGCGAUUAAUACGAAUUUAGCGGACUAGAGGUGCUUCUAAAAUAUGGUGCUUUUUGUGGAUGUUCAUCAUGUGUUCAAGCACCCCAUAGAGCUUGUAGCACAGACACAUUUUAACAAGUAUCCAACAAAGAGGGAACCAUUUGUGGAGCGUAUCGAUACACUGGAACAAUUCAAAGAGGGUGAUCUAGAAUACAGGAAGAGAGUUGCAAUAUGUACAAAUGUGGUGCCAUCUUUCAUGAGAAAGCUGGCCAUUCUAAAUGAGCCACAGAUCCUUCUACAAGAAGAGGCAUGGCAGCAUUUGAAGAGCCGCAAGCUUAGGUUGAAGAGCUGUAAUCUCACAUGGGCAAAAUAUGCCUCAAUGUCAGAGCAGGCGACAUUCAGGGAACAUCAUUCUAAUCCAGAUUGGACUAUAAUGGAACAGGUUGGCAGUAUUAAGAUCAAUGGUCUCGGAUUUUUAGGAACAUUAAUUGAACAAUUCGCACAAAGUUUCCUGAACUCUGGAGUUCAAAGGGGACUGGAUAUUAUGGAUGAGAUUCUAGUGGAAAAAGCGGAACAAUUGCAAUCAAAAACUGACUCUGUUGAGGUUGCUCAUGAAGACCAACCCCAUGUUUGCCAUGACACGCCCAAUAUCUUGAAAUACAUAUUCAAAAACUAUAAUGUAAAACGAGCUAAAAAGUGCAAUGUGACGGUGGAUCGCCAACUAUUUGACAUCAAUUCUCAGGAACCUUUAAGCAAAACUUUGCUUAAUUUACAAAAGUUUAGUGAAUUUUUAACUCAGUGUCUAGUCAUUGAAUAGUGAAGAAAAGGACCAAAAAAUUAUAACAUGGGAUUUACCUGUAGUUUAAGAAGUGCAUAAUUAUGUUACAUACAGUGAAAGAAAAAGUAUGACAUUUACAGUGAAAGAAAAAGUAUGACAUUUUAU